AUGUGGGCAGCCCAACACCGAGACUGCUGGGGGGUCCUGUCACUCCCCGUGAUGAUAGCCAUGGUCUGCUGCGCCCAGAGCGUGAACGAGCUGAGCAACAUGUCCUACGUGAAAGAGACCGUGGACAGGCUGCUCCAGGGCUACGACAUCCGCUUGAGGCCAGACUUUGGAGGACCUCCGGUUGACGUCGGGAUGCGGAUAGAGAUCGCCAGUAUAGACAUGGUCUCAGAAGUCAAUAUGGAUUACACGCUCACUAUGUAUUUCCAGCAGUCCUGGAGAGAUAAAAGGCUUUCUUACUCUGGAAUUCCUUUGAAUCUAACUUUGGACAACAGAGUAGCUGAUCAGCUCUGGGUUCCAGACACGUAUUUCCAAAAUGACAAGAAGUCAUUUGUUCACGGGGUAACAGUGAAAAAUCGAAUGAUUCGGCUACAUCCGGAUGGGACCGUCCUUUAUGGCUUACGGAUCACAACAACAGCAGCUUGCAUGAUGGAUCUACGCAGAUACCCAUUGGAUGAACAAAACUGCACCCUAGAAAUUGAAAGUUAUGGAUACACAACCGAUGAUAUCGAGUUUUACUGGAAUGGAGGAGAAUCUGCAGUAACAGGAGUUAACAACAUUGAGCUCCCACAGUUCUCAAUUGUUGAUUACAAGAUGGUAACAAAAAGAGUGGAAUUUACAACGGGAGCAUAUCCCCGACUAUCGCUCAGUUUUCGGCUUAAACGAAACAUAGGUUACUUCGUUUUGCAAACAUAUAUGCCUUCCACGUUGAUCACAAUUCUCUCAUGGGUAUCUUUUUGGAUCAACUAUGAUGCAUCUGCAGCCAGAGUUGCCCUAGGAAUCACAACAGUGCUGACAAUGACCACAAUCAGUACCCAUCUCAGGGAGACGCUGCCAAAGAUUCCAUAUGUAAAGGCAAUAGAUAUUUACCUAAUGGGAUGCUUUGUGUUUGUGUUUCUGGCCUUGCUGGAAUACGCCUUUGUGAACUACAUAUUCUUUGGAAAAGGUCCCCAGCGUCAAAAAAAGGCCGCUGAAAAAGCUGGCCAGACUCCUAAUGAGAAGGGCAAACUGGAAAUGAAAAAAGUCCAGGUUGAUGCUCAUGGAAAUAUUCUUCUUACUUCACUUGAAAUAAGAAAUGAGGACAGUAACUCAGAAAUGUUCACAAGUAUCAGUGAUCCAAGAGCCACCAUGUAUUCAUAUGACAGUGCCAGCAUCCAGUACAGAAGACCCACCUCCAGCAGAGAACUCUACAGCAGAAGCACUUUGGAUAGGCACAUGGUUCAUAAAAAGGGGCAUUUGAAGAGAAGGGCAUCACAGCUCAAAGUCAAAAUCCCAGAUUUGACUGACGUUAACGCCAUAGACAAAUGGUCAAGGAUGGUCUUUCCCAUCACAUUCAUUCUUUUCAAUGUUGUUUAUUGGCUUUAUUAUGUCCACUAA